AUGUCUAUCCUUGAGCUAAAUUAUUCGAAAGCAAAAUUUAUUGUGCGCCUUAAAAGACGAAAUGGACGGGUGAAGCACCUUUACGAGGACCUGUAUAUUGAGAGGAAUGAUAUCAAAUUUGAUUCGGCUCCUUUUGUUCAGUUCAAUCUUGAGCUGUCAGAGAAGGAGCGCAGUGACAGGGCAAAUGUUGUUCUUCCUUUUGAACAUCAAGGAAGUGGCGAACCAAUUCGUAUAUAUGAUGGUCGCCGGUCCCUACCUGAGGCUCAACGUGACCUGAGCUUAACCGCACCGGCCCUUGUGGAUGAAAUAAAAGCUCCCAAAUCUGGAACUGCAAAGGGUGAAAUACAUUACUUCCGUGAUUCAGAUGACGAGCAACCUGACUCAGAUGAAGACCCAGAUGAUGAUUUGGACAUAUAA